AUGAGCUAUAGCUAUACACGCCUGGAUCAGGAGGAGGUUAUCGUGGACUUUCACGCCCUGAACUCUAUGGAGCCAGCGAAGCAUCCACAAGAAUUUGGGAUAUCUCACCGUGCCCGCAGUGGAGGCCUUAAUCUUCCCCAUCCGUCCAAAUUGAGCUCGUUAAAUCACAUUGCGACCUCAGAGAGGACCAACCUCGGAAAGAAGUCUAUGCAAAGGGCUGGUCUGGAACUCUGGAAGGAUGACGAAGGAGGUGCAACAAAGAUUGCGGCGUCUUGA